GAGUUUCUGCACGAGGUCUCCAACGACGGUGCCUACACUAUCUUUGAGCACUUCCUGGAGGAGAGCAUUCUGCCGAAACUGAUGGAGUGCGCUCGCCUAGGUGAACGCGAAUGUCAUGUUGUCAUCCUGACGGAUGAUGAACAGGUCCACUGGGAUGCUGAGUACCCGCCCCAAAUGCCGGAGGCUGAGCUGACCUCGCACAAAGAGGGCCUGGGACCGAUUAAGAUGUACUUUUUCUUCCUUCAUGUACUACCAACUCGCCUGUGCGAUUGCUCCGCCUUCUGA